AUUUAGUAUUCGUGGUUUCAUUUGCAUCUGACAAUGAUAGACAACAUGCAAAUGCCAACACCACAGCGGUUUCUUCAGGGGCUGUUGCCACCGAUAUGCCUCGAUCAACGAGCCCUGUGCCCAACACUUCAGCAGAGACGAAAGUCACGGUAGGCUCCUCAACAACCGGUGCUACUGUGCCCAACGCAACAGCAGAGACCAGAACCGCUGUAACUUCGUCAACAGUAGGGGCUGCUCUAACCACCACGACUCCAUCAACAUCCCCUGCGCGUUCUACUUUAUCUGAUUUCAACACAGCAGUCGUUUCCACGACAGAGUCCUUUCCAAGCACGCUAACAUCAUUAACGAGUCCUACCCCCAGUGCUCCAGCUGAUGCCAGCAAAACUGCGGGUUCUUCAACAACAGGAACUGUUUUUACCAUUUAUCAAUCAACUCUUGCAACCAAAGGCACAGUGGGAGAUAACACCACGGUAGUUUCGUCAACUACUGGGACCGCCGUAACAACCGCCGCUCCAACAACUACCUCUGCUCCUAACAUUGCAGCAGAUACCAGCACCACGGUACUUUAUUCAACUGCAGGGGCCGAUGUAACUAAUACGCAUCCGUUAACGAGGCUGGCACCCAAUGCUACAACCAAGGUCAGCACUACCAUUGUUACUGCAGGAAGAGGAACCACAACUCCAUUAACGACCUCAGCAUUAAACAUCACAACAGAUUCCAGCAGGCCAGCGGAUUGGUCAACAGCAGGAGCUGCUUUGCCCACCACGUCCCUGUCAACGACUCAUGCAUCCAACAAUACCGUAGGUCCCAGCACAACAUUGGUUUCAUCAAACGUAGGAACAGGUACAGCCACUGCGCUACAGUCUACGAUCCAUUCACGUAACACGACAGCAGAUAAAAACACAACAGUCGUUUGGUCAACAGCAGGGGCUCCUUCAUCCACAAUGCCUCCCGAAGUCAACGGUACCUCAGAUGCCAGCACCACAGUAGUGCCUUUAACAGCAGGCGCUGUUGUUCUAACCACAUCUCCAACGACGACACCUUCAUUAAACAAAACAGCAAAUGCUGGCACAACGGUGGUUUCUUCAACUGCAGGGGCUGCUGUAAGCACUGCGCAUUCAUUAACGAACCCUGUCACUGAAUCCAGUGCCACAGCAGAGGCCGGCAACACUGAGGGUACUUCAGCAACACGGACAAACGUCGCUCAUGCGUUGUCAUCAGUUACGACUUCUGCACCCGGCAAUACGAAGAAUUCCAACACAGCCGUUGUUUCUUCAACAGCUGCUGAAACUAUCCCGUCCCCGAAAGUAAGCACUGUGCGUACCACAACAGCUGGUAAAAACACAACAGUCGUUUGGUCAACAACAGGGGCUCCUUCAGCCACAAUGCCUCCCGAAGUCAACGGUACCUCAGAUGCCAGCUUCACAGUAGUGCCUUCAACAGCAGGCGAUGUUGUUCUUACCACAUCUCCAACGACGACACCUUCAUUAAACAAAACAGCAAAUGCUGGCACAACGGUGGUUUCUUCAACUGCAGGGGCUGCUGUAAACACUACACCUUCAUUAACGAACCCUGUCUCUAGUGCCACGACAGAGCCCAGCAACACAGCGGGUACUUUAGCAACAUUGACCAAUGUGGCCCGUACGUUGUCAUCAGUAACAACUUCUGUACCCGGCAAUACGAAGAAUUCCAACACAGCCGUUGUUUCUUCAACAGCUGCUGAAACUAUCUCGUCCCCGAAAGUAAGCACUGUGCGUACCACAACAGCAGGUAAAAACACAACAGUCGUUCGGUCAACAGCAGGGGCUCCUUCCAACGGUCUUGAUACCAGCACCACAGUAGUGCCUUCUACAGCAGGCGCUGUUGCUCUUACCACAUCUCCAACGACGACACCUUCAUUAAACAAAACAGCAAAUGUUGGCUCAACGGUGGGCUCUUCAACUGCAGGGGCUGCUGUAAGCACUGCGCCUUCAUUAACGAACCCUGUCACUGAAUCCAGUGCCACAGCAGAGGCCGGCAACACAGAGGGUACUUCAGCAACACGGACAAACGUUGCUCAUACGUUUUCAUCAGUAACGACUUCUGCACCUGACAAUACAGAGAAUGCCAACACAGCUGUUGUUUCAUCAACAGCUACUGAAACUAUCUCGUCACCAAGAGUGAGCACCGUACCUACCACAACAGCAGGUGACAAUGACACAGUGGUUUCGUCAGCAACAGGGGCUGUCACAACGACUAUAUCUCCAUUAAAGAGCCCUACCCUCAAUACUAAAGCAGAGGCUAGCACUACGAUAGUCUCUUCCAGAUCAGGGGCUGUUGUACCCUCAAGUUCAGCACAUGACAACAAAACAGAUACGAACCCCAUGGUGACUUCUUCAACAGUUGCAACGGUUGCAAACACUGUCCCUCCAUUGAUUACUGCCGUCAACGCUGAAGCAGAGGCCACCACCACCGUCAUUUCUUCAUCAACAAGGACGACUUUGUCACCAUCAACCUCUGUUGCACACAACGCUAUGAAAGAGACUAACAUCUCAAUAGCUUCUUCAACAGCAGGCGCCGCUGCGACCACCACGACCUUGGUGACAAAGGCCACAGAGACCAGUACAACAGCUGUGGUUCGGUCUACUGCAAUGGCUUCUGUUCCGACCUCAUCCUCACUUAAGGCCCCUGCAUCCAACAAUACAACAGACGAAAACAGCACAGUGGCUUCGUCAAAAACGGUAGCUGCUAUUCGCACCACGCCUCCAUCAACGACCCCUUCACAUAGCGCAGUAGUUUCAUCAAUGACAGAAACGUCUUCAGCUGCCCCCUCGUCCAGGCCAACGAUCAAUGCACCAAAUGAAACAGCAGAGGUCGACGCCACUUUGAUUUUAGCAGGGGCUGCUAUAACGAAUCCUUCUCCAUCAAAGAUUUCUGCAGUUACCACUGCGUCGAAGGGCAACACCGCUGUGGUUUCUCCAACGACAGAGACAAACACCACGGAAGAUCUGUCAACAAAAGGAGCUGGUGUGGCCACAAUGUCUCCACUCCCGACCGCUGUGAGUAAGACGACCGAAGUGGCUAGCACCGCAGUGGUUUCCUCAACUGCGGGGACUGGUGUAGUCACAAGGGCAGGCACGGCAGGUAUGCGUCGUCUUACCUUCCCAUCGCAGUGGGGGUUUCCAUUCACCUAUUCUGUACCAGUUGCACUAUUUGGUUACCCGUCAAGUGGCAAGUAAGGGUACACAUUCAAAACAUAUGGAAGCAUGACCUUUUAUCUGGUGUUGUCGUGGGGUCGAAGCUCUACAUUCCAGCCAUGCUGGAGAGGACAUGAAAGCCUUGCUGAUGCCAUUCAGUAUCGCUAUAAUUGUCUUUGGUAAGAUUGAUCUCGAAAGGGCCGACUGAGACUGAAACUGAAACUUGCAUCCAUGCCAGGACAUCCCACAGGCAGAAUGAACACACUAACUACCACACCAUACCGCAAAUACACUUUGGUCGUCUUCAACAGCAAAGGCUACUGUAGCCACGACGUCCCUAUCACCGAGUUUCGUAACUAACUACCACAUGUAAAUGCCAACGGCAACGCCGCGGCGGUUGUGUUGACAGCUAGGACUAAUGUUCUCACCACGUCGCCACAAGUGACCCAGUAUUAGCACACUGGUUGUGAACUGUAGUUGAGCCGGACCAACGUUAACAUAAGACGUCACUUCCAGAUCUACAACUACGUAGGACAAAAUCCAGACAAAACUAAUUCGACCACAGUCACUAUCUUCACACCGAUAGUUAAGGUUUGUAAGUGAAUUAACCAG